AUGGCCGAUAUAAACAUCGAAGAGGUGCUCAAGAAGCUUACAUUAGCUGAAAAGGUUGACCUGCUGACAGGAGCCGACUUCUGGCACACCAAAGCCCUCCCUAAACAUGGGAUUCCCUCGCUCCGCAUGUCCGACGGCCCCAACGGUGUAAGAGGCACCAAGUUCUUCAAUGGCGUCCCUGCGGCAUGUUUCCCAUGCGGCACAGCUCUCGGGUCAACUUUCAACCAACAAUUGCUCGAGGAAGCCGGCAAGAAGAUGGGCGAGGAAGCCCUCGCAAAGAGUGCCCACAUCAUUCUUGGCCCAACCAUCAAUAUGCAGAGAUCCCCGCUCGGAGGCCGUGGCUUCGAAUCCAUUGGCGAGGAUCCGUUCCUCGCCGGUCUUGGCGCCGCUGCUCUUGUCCGGGGAAUUCAGAGCACCGGCGUGCAAGCUACUAUCAAGCACUUUCUGUGUAACGAUCAGGAAGACAAGCGAAUGGGCGUCCAUAGCAUUGUUACUGAGCGGGCGUUGCGCGAGAUUUAUGCCCUCCCGUUCCAGUUGGCGGUGCGAGAUGCGCGGCCAGGCGCCUUCAUGACGGCUUACAACGGCAUCAACGGCACCAUGUGCAGCGAGAACUCCAAGUACCUCGACCGAAUGCUACGCAAGGAGUGGGGCUGGGAGGGUCUUAUCAUGAGCGACUGGUACGGCACCUACAGCACGACUCCGGCCGUCGUCGCCGGUCUAGAUCUAGAGAUGCCCGGCCCCGCUCGGUUCCGCGGCGAAGCUCUCAAGUUCAACGCCUCUACCAACAAGCCAUUCACUCACGUCAUUGACGAACGAGUCCGUGCUGUUCUGCGACUUGUCAAGAAAGUAUCAGGCCUCGGUAUCAAGGAGCUUGGCCCGGAAAGGGAAGCAAAUACACCCGAGACGGCUGCUUUGCUCCGAAGGAUUGGCAACGAGAGCAUCGUCCUCCUCAAAAACGACAACAACGUCCUGCCAUUCAAGAAGAACAAAAAGACUCUGGUCCUUGGCCCCAACGCCAAAGUAGCCACCUACCACGGCGGUGGUUCUGCUUCCCUCCCCGCCUACUACGCUGUGACUCCGUAUGACGGCAUUGCUGCGAAGCUAGGUUCUUGUCCCGCUUACACCGUUGGCGCUUACACCCACCGUUUCCUUCCCCUACUCGGUUCUCAGUGUAUCGAUCCCAAUGGCAAGCAGGGCAUGAGGUGGACCGUCUACAAUGAGCCACCCAGCACGCCCGACCGCCAGUCCGUCGACAUGCUGUACUUUAGCAAGACGGAUAUGCACCUGCUCGACUACAACAACCCAAAGGUAGCCGACACUUGGUACGCCGACCUGGAAGGCUCGUUUGUGCCGGACGAGGAUUGCACUUACGAGCUGGGACUUGUCGUAUCCGGGACCGCCAAGGCCUUUGUCAACAACAAGCUCAUUGUGGACAACGCCACGAAACAGGUUGCUGGAGAUACCUUCUUUGGCGCAGCCACACGCGAGGAGAGGGGGUUCGUUGACUUGAAGAAGGGCGAAAAGUAUGAAUUCCGCAUCGAGUUCGGCUCAGCACCUACGUUCACACUCAAGGGCGACGCGUCUGUGCCCGGCCACGGGUCUCUCCGCGUCGGUGGCUGCAAGGUCAUCGACGACCAGGAGGAAAUCAAAAAGUCAGUCCAGUUGGCCAAGGAAUACGACCAAGUCAUUAUUUGUGCCGGUCUCAACUCGGACUGGGAAACUGAGGGCGCUGACCGAGUGAGCAUGAAGCUCCCCGGCGUUUUGGACCAGCUCAUCACCCAAGUUGCCGCCGCCAACUCCAACAUUGCCGUGGUCAUGCAGACCGGCACGCCCGAGGAGAUGCCCUGGCUCGAAAAGACGCCCGCCGUUAUCCAGGUUUGGUAUGGAGGCAACGAGACGGGCAACUGCAUCGCUGACAUUCUGUUCGGCGACGCCAACCCCUCCGGCAAGCUUUCUCUUAGCUUUCCCAAGCAACUUCAAGACGUGCCAUCCUUCCUCAACUUUCGGGCCGAAGCUGGACGAACACUGUACGGGGAGGACGUGUACAUGGGCUACCGAUACUACGAGUUUGCCAAUCGAGCCGUCAACUUCCCCUUUGGCCACGGUCUGUCCUACGCCAGCUUCUCCUUUUCCGACCUGUCAGUGACGUCAAGCGAGGGCAAGGUGACGGCCGCGCUCAAGGUCAAGAAUACCGGUUCCACAAAGGGCUCUGAAGUUGCUCAGAUGUACAUAAAGCCCAGGCAAGCUGCCAAGAUCCGCCGCCCCGUCAAGGAACUCCGUGGCUUCGCCAAGGUUGAGCUCGAGGCUGGCGAGACCAAGAUGGUCACUAUUACCGAAUUGGAGAAAUACGUUGCGGCAUACUGGGACGAGGAGCGCGACCAAUGGUGCGUCGAGGCAGGCGAGUACGAAGUCAUCAUUAGCGAUAGCAGUGUGGUUCGCGAUGGAAAGGCUGUCCGGGGCUCGUUCAAGGUGUCUGCUUCGUACUGGUGGGGUGGGAUCUGA